GUCUUACUGUUGUGUUGUCUGUCAUAAGUGGUUGAAAUUCUUCUAAGUUUCUGUCGGCUUCGUGUCUCCAGGCAAGUUUGGUAUUUGAGUUUUCUUCUCUAGGUCUUCUAUUUGUUUAUGAGUCACAGUCCAUUUCUUUUAAUAUUCCAGGGUUUUCUCCUAGAUCUGGGUUUAAAUUUGUGUCCAUUUGAUAUUCAUAAACUUUACUUCACUCGAGUUCAAGAUUUUACAUGUUCACUCCAUGGCGGUAUAAGCGAAAGUCAAAAGAGAAAUCUAAUGACACUCUUAAAAGAGAGAAAACAACACUCAUUGGUAUAUUAAAUAACUAGAUAAGUCAUUACUAAUACCGAGUGGAGACUAAGUUCAUGGCAAUCGGGUGGGUACAGUGGCAAAGCUCCCUGAUUAAGAAAGAUUUUAGUUCAUGUGGCCUUGUUUGUGGAUUCCUAGGAGUGCUCCCAAGGAUGCUGACUGGAGUAAUAGGGACAGUCUCAGAGGGGGCUGAGAUUUUAGUGGCAGAAUCCACCAUGGAUGAAGGCCUGCUGUCCUUGCGGUGGAAUGACCAUGGACUUGCUUUCUUCAAUAUGCUCUCAAAUAUUAGGAAAGAUGAGUCAUUUUGUGAUGUGACUUUGACCUGUGAUGGAUACUUCUAUCCUGUCCACAAGUUUGUUCUCUCCACAUGCAGUGAUUUCUUUUACCAAAUUUUUGAAAAAACACCAUGCAAACACCCAGUGAUAAUAAUUGCAAAUGUAAGUCGCAAAGACCUGGAAGCUUUAUUGAAUUACAUGUAUUUAGGAGAAGUCAGUGUGUUUCGGACAGAGUUGAAAAGCCUUGUGAAGGCUGCUGAAAUACUGAAAGUUAAAGGUUUAGCAGAACAGACAGAAAAUUCCUCAGGAAAUGAAAAAGAGAAACGUUCUUCAUCUUGGGAAGCAGACCAACCAGAAUUCAAACGGACAAAAUCUGAAGGUUAUUCCUCAGUUUAUACAAAACAAAAGGAAUCUGAAAGGUCUGCUCAUGUGAAGGAUUCAACCACAAGGGCAAGGAUAUUAGACACUGAAGCAUUAAAUGACCAAGAUGCAAAAGGCUCUGAAGUUACCAUAGAUGAUUCUCUGGACUCAAUGGGAGAGCUUACAUCUUCAGAAAUUUUGGAUUCAAGAAGAAAUGAAUCCAGUAGUGAAUCCAACCAAGACCUUCCAGAGGUUAAGGUUGAGGAGGUAUUUGUAAAAGAGGAAUUUUCUGACUCUUGGUACGAAGAUGCUGAGGCAGGGGUCGGUGAGUACCAGUAUGACAACCCAGUACCAGGCCUUAACUAUGGGCCACCUCAGGCUGCUUUCCAAGACAACAACUCCGCGUGGGACCUGGCCUCAGCGCAGAUGCAGGCCAGGGAAAGCCGUCUGGCAGCGCGUGCUACAGGACCUUCCAGAUUGCAAGAGGUGAGUUUUUUUUCGUGAGAAUUGUAUGGGACG